UUGAAUUUGAUUCACUUCAGUACUAACAGGCUUCGCAAGAAAUCUGUUGCACAUAUUGCGUACGGAAAAGUAAGAAAGGACUCUCUGUAAACAUCAAAUAUGUGCGAUAAACAACAGCAAGAAUCAGAAACGGAUCGCAUUAAUGUGACAUUUCUGUGCGAUGAAUGGAGAUCAUCUCGCGGUGGCAUAUCCACUUUUAACCGAGAGUUGGCCAUUUAUGUAGCCAAAUUUGGGAGUUCUAUCGUCAAUGUUUAUUGCUACGUACCCGAAAGCAGUGAUCAGGACAGAGAGGAUGCACGAAACAACAACGUCAAUUUGGUAACUGCGGAAAGAGUCCCCGGAUCCACGGACCCAAUGGAUCGCUUGAAAAUUCCUCCGCCAGAAGUUCGAGUUGAUGUUGUGGUUAGCCAUGGACGGAAAUUCGGAGUGGCUGCUUAUUUCAUAGCGUACUCCACCAGGUGUAAGUGGAUCCAGUUCGUACACGUAGAUUGUGAAGAUCUUGGUAAACAUAAAAAGGAAACAGAGGGGGUAAAAGACACAAUAGAAGAUAACGAGAACAAGCACGAGAGCGAAUUGGAGCUAUGCAAAGCAGCACACAUGGUCAUUUGCGUUGGCAGAAUGCUCCGUGAAAAGUACGCAUCUCUUCUACCCGAAAUAAAUGUUGAAGUCCUAACACCAGGAAUUUCCGAAAAUUCUGAUGAAAAAGGCUCAAAGGCUAACUUGAAGGAAUUCAAGGUCUUCGUCUUCGGACGAUUACAGAACGAAGAUCUUAAAGUAAAAGGCCUCGAUAUCAUUGGUAAAGCAGUGGCGUUGAUGGAAACGAAAUUUAAAUUGAUUUGCGUGGGCUCUCCAGCGGGUAAACAAAAAGAACUUGAGAAAUGGUUUCGUAAGAAACAGAAAAUCACCCGCAAAAAACUGACAAUCCGUCGUUAUCGAGAGCACGACAAAGUGAUAGAAAUGUUCAGAGAGGCGGAUUUAGUGGUUUUGCCUUCUCGCGUCGAGGGGUUCGGUUUGAUCGCCCUUGAGGCGAUUUCUGCCGGCAUACCGGUUCUCGUAUCAAGUCAGGCCGGCAUUUCCGAAUCACUUCGGGAGGUGGACGGUGGAUGUGAUGUAAUUGUGGAACCAAAUAAGCCAGAAGAGUGGGCAAGGAGAAUUAACGAGUUCUCCUCCCAAACCACUCAAGAGAGAUAUGGAAAAGGCUCAAAGGCUAACUUGAAGGAAUUCAAGGUCUUCGUCUUCGGACGAUUACAGAACGAAGAUCUUAAAGUAAAAGGCCUCGAUAUCAUUGGUAAAGCAGUGGCGUUGAUGGAAACGAAAUUUAAAUUGAUUUGCGUGGGCUCUCCAGCGGGUAAACAAAAAGAACUUGAGAAAUGGUUUCGUAAGAAACAGAAAAUCACCCGCAAAAAACUGACAAUCCGUCGUUAUCGAGAGCACGACAAAGUGAUAGAAAUGUUCAGAGAGGCGGAUUUAGUGGUUUUGCCUUCUCGCGUCGAGGGGUUCGGUUUGAUCGCCCUUGAGGCGAUUUCUGCCGGCAUACCGGUUCUCGUAUCAAGUCAGGCCGGCAUUUCCGAAUCACUUCGGGAGGUGGACGGUGGAUGUGAUGUAAUUGUGGAACCAAAUAAGCCAGAAGAGUGGGCAAGGAGAAUUAACGAGUUCUCCUCCCAAACCACUCAAGAGAGAUAUGGAAAGGCUCUUCGCCUUCGGGAGAAUUACCAGCAAAUUUAUUCCUGGCAGGAAGAGACAGAAAAAUUCAUAAAUCUGGUCAAGCAUGUUCUUGGUGGUGGCGACAGCGUGUCAGACAAGGAGAAUGCCGGGGUUGAAAAACUUGUGAUAAAAUCAAAGAAGGUUUCCUCUGGAAAUCAACUACACCGAACACCUCUGGGAGAGGUGCCAAACAUAAAGCGGAAACAUGAGAAAGAAACUGGGCACAGCCCAGAUCAAGUCCCCAAAGCAGCGAAGAGGCUCCGAUCCAGGAAGGCUGUGUGUACCCUUUGCCCUAGCAUCAUCAAAGAAAAGCAACCAGCCUGGUUUGAUACAGGAGAAGAGCCCGUGCAAGUAAAAAAUAAAUAAAUAAAAAAACACAAACAGGUCCAUUGAUCAACGUGGAAUAUGAUCCUAACCUUAUUCUGAUCCUUUGACUGACCCUAAAAUGAUCAUUUGUUUUCUGUCAUUAGGCCAUCUCUUGAUGAAAGAUCCUGUCCCCUUUUCAAUUAAAGAAAAAUGUUGCAUAUAAUUUUACAUUGGUGAUUUUUAUCCCGAGGCAUCAUCCUUGAAUUAAUGGAUGCAGUAAGGCUGCAAUAUAAUCCACUAGAUGGGUUCAAAUUUUUGGGUUGUUCCUGCACAGUUGCUGGGACCAUAGCAAAAUCAUAAUUGCAGUUUUUUCGUUUUCACAAAAAUUGGUUUUAGCUUUAUUUAAAGAUAUAAUUCCUAGCCAUAUUUGAUGCUGAAUCAAUAUUUUAUUAACAUUAAAGAUGAAAAGUAAUUCUCAUAGAUUAAUAUACUUCACGUUAUGAAUUCCAACAUUUUGUUACUCUAUGACCUACAGAAGUGCACAACUGUGUUUCACCUCCCCCUUCAUAUUUUCAGACCUUAUUGAGACAUUUCCACCAUAACCAUAAUAUUGUAGUUUAAGAAUGAAUAAAGUUC